UCAACAGAGCUCUCAUAGCUCAGUUGGUUAGAGCACCCGUUUAGUAAGCGGGAGGUCUUGAGUUCAACUCUCAAUGAGAGCACAUUUUUUUGUUUCUUUCUGAAUUUUAUUCACAAAACAAUGCAUGUGUGUUCACGUACAACUCCAUGUGCCGACAUAGAUUAUUAGAGGGGGGCCGUGGCGGUGUUCCGGCAUGAUGGAAAACGACACCUCAAACAGCCACCACCAUACUCUCAUUCUUACCGGUUUUAACGCUCCACCAUUAAUCAUACUCACAAAUACACACACAAGAUAGAGUGUGGAAAGAGAGAGAAAAAAAUGAAUGAAAAGAAUGAUGGAUUUAUGAGAGCUGAUCAAAUUGAUCUCAAGAACAUAGAUGAACAACUUGAGAGACACUUCAAUAAAGCAUUGCCUACAGCUCAUAAUGAUGACUCAAACUCUGGAACUGAUGAUGGUGCUGUCUUCAACAAGAAUCAAAGACAAGAGUGGGAAAUUGAUCCUUCUAACCUCAUCAUCAAGAGUGUUAUAGCUCGUGGUACUUUCGGUACCGUUCAUCGUGGUGUUUAUGAUGCUCAAGAUGUUGCUGUUAAAAUGCUGGACUGGGGUGAAGAAGGGCACAGGACAGAAGCUGAAAUUGCUGCACUCAGGUCUGCGUUCACGCAUGAAGUCGUUGUUUGGCAUAAACUCGAUCACCCUAAUGUCACAAAGUUUAUAGGGGCAACAAUAGGGUCAUCUGAAUUGCAGCUACAAACUGAGAAUGGUGUAAUUAGCAUGCCGAGCAAUAUCUGUUGCGUGGUUGUAGAGUAUCUUCCAGGAGGUGCACUCAAAUCUUUCUUAAUAAAGAAUAGGAGGAGGAAGUUAGCUUUCAAGAUCGUCGUUCAACUAGCACUCGAUAUGGCUAGAGGGCUGAAUUAUCUUCACUCUCAGAAGAUUGUCCAUAGAGAUGUAAAGACAGAGAACAUGCUGUUGGAUAAGACACGAACUGUUAAAAUUGCUGAUUUCGGAGUUGCGCGUAUUGAAGCAUUGAAUCCUAAUGACAUGACCGGGGAGACGGGAACACUUGGUUACAUGGCUCCUGAGGUUUUAAAUGGAAACCCUUAUAACAGGAAAUGUGAUGUAUAUAGUUUUGGCAUCUGUUUAUGGGAAAUAUAUUGUUGUGACAUGCCAUAUCCUGACCUCAGUUUCUCAGAGAUUACAUCAGCCGUUGUUCGCCAGAAUGUUAGACCUGAAAUACCAAAAUGCUGUCCAAGUUCUUUAGCAAAUGUAAUGAAGAGAUGCUGGGAUGCGAAUCCUGAUAAGCGACCUGAAAUGGAUGAGGUAGUUGCCAUGUUGGAGGCUAUUGACACAUCCAAAGGUGGAGGUAUGAUCCCUUUUGAUCAGCAACAUGGUUGUCUCUGCUUCGGUAAGCGCCGAGGGCCUUGAUCCAUAGUAAAAUAAACCAUUAAGGAAUCAAUAUGUGUAUCUUUGGGGAGAACUAUACUCGUUGGAACAUGUCAGUUGAAUUGUAAAUCCAUACCUCUUGUUUUCUAAGUUUCUUCUUGCUGAA